AGAAGGACGGCUCCUACCGAACCCGUGACCAACUCACUUCCAAAUGGAGCCACAUCAACAAAAAAGUACGAAAGUUUAUGGGAGUAUACGAGGAAUGCUCCCGGUCCCGGACGGCAUGAACGACGCCGAUGUUCUCCGGCUUGCCACGACCCGGUAUCAAGACGACGGAAACCAAGGCAAGGUGCCCAUCGAUCUUUGGGGGAUUUUGAGUCGUUCCCCGAAGUGGCAACAACUCAACCAUCCCGACGGCGUAUCAUUCCAGAAAAGAUCCACCGUCGACGCCGAGGUUGAGGUCGACGAGACCAUCGGUUCUACCGAUCAAAUCCCUUCCUUCAACGUUGCGGCUUCCGAUGACGAGGACCCCAUUCCACGGCCGAUCGGAAGAAAGAAGGCAAAAUCCAUUGCCUCUGGUUCGGGAGGGUCCGCCUCUAUUUCCGCUUCUCCCCCCGACGAAAUCGGCCGGGCAAUGGUUGAACAACUUCGGGCGUUCAAUCUCCAAGAACAAGAGAGGUUGAAGCUUAAAGAGAAGGAGUUGAAGCUAAAGGAGCAGGAGGCCGAGAUGAAAGUCAUGCAAACCGACCCCGGGACGUUGUCGGAGUUUGGACGGAUUAUCUACGAGCAAAGAAUGAGAGAGAUCAAGGAGAAAUAUAAUUUACCUUAGUUUUUUUAUUAAU